GUCAAAACUUGGCUCGCAUGUAAAUCUGGGCCGAUCCUAACACAGGUACAUCGGGUGAUACAAACAAGGUGCAAGGGCUGCAGUGAGACACAUUGUGUCAGAGGAUAGCGACUGUUCUUGUGCCUGGAGAGCGUGAAGCUGGAAAUGGCGCUGCAAGAGAAUCUGUCGGUUGUGCUCCACGCAGCAGGAGAUUUGAGACUGGAGCAGCGGGCAAUUGCGUCACCAAGAUCUCACGAGGUUCUGUUGAAGAUCAACUCUGUCGGAAUCUGCGGGACGGACAUCCAUUUCUGGAACGAUGGCGAAGGUGCGGGUUUCGCCGUCAACAAGCCAGUGACCCUGGGUCAUGAAUUCUCUGGCACUGUGGUGAAAGUGGGCUCUGGAGUUCAACACCUCAAAGCAGGUGACAGAGUUGCCAUUGAGCCUGGUGUCCCCAGAGACAAUGAUGAGUUUGUUAGAAAUGGACGUUACAACUUGUCACCAACAUGCUUCGCCAGUGGCCUUCCUCCUGAUCAUGGGGGGAUGUGCCAAUACUAUGUCCAUGAUGCCAGCUACUGCUUCAAGAUUCCAGACUCGUUGAGUUUUGAAGAAGGGGCACUGGUCGAGCCUCUUUCCGUUGCGAUUCACGCCUGUCGCAGAGCUGAAGUGAAAAUAGGCUGCAAGAUCUUCAUCUGUGGAGCUGGGACAAUUGGAUUUAUGAAUCUGUUGGUCGCCAAGGCAAUGGGGGCAGCUCAAGUAGUGAUAUGUGAUUUGUCAAGCGACCGGCUGAAAAUGGCAAAGGAGAUGGGGGCUGAUUAUACGCUGAAAGUUGAAAAAGAGACUGCAGUAGAAAUGGCCCAGAAAGUGAAGGUUGCCCUUGGCUCCAUGCCGGAUAUAACCAUCGAGUGCACUGGGGCCGAGAUCUGUAUGCAAGCUGGCAUCUAUGCUACGCGCUCAGGAGGAGUUUUGGCUCUGGUUGGUCUGGGUCACGAGUUUGCAAACAUUCCAAUACUUCAUGCACUCCUUCGAGAAGUGGAUAUUCGAGGAGUUUUUAAAUAUUGUAACACGUGGCCUGUGGCAAUUGACAUGUUGGCUGCAAAGAUGAUUGACGUGAAGCCUCUGGUCACACAUCGCUUUGCUCUGAAAGAUGCUCUCAAGGCCUUUGAAACAACAAAGAAGGGACUGGGCAUCAAAGUGAUGCUGAAGUGUGAUCCAAGCCACUUGGGUCAAUAGAAGGUGUUGCCCGAGCUCUUUAUGUCUCCCAGCACGGCCCUAUGUAUCUCCAGCUGUGAUCUGGCGAGUGGAAUUCAAUUACAUUUCCCAGACACUCGAAUAGUGUGCAAAAAUAAAAGUGAUCUUUACAAACA